AAAGAGCAGGAUCAAGCUGGCUACACAUUGUCCCAUGGGGAAUCAGGAAACUAGCAGUGUAUGUCAAAGACAUCUACGGAAACCCACCUGUAUACAUCACAGAAAACGGGAUGGAUGAGAAAAACAAUCCAUUCAUAGACAUGGAGAAAGCAUUACAAGAUGACAAGAGGAUAAGCUUCCACAGAGACUACCUCUCAAACUUAUCAGCUGCCAUAAGGAAUGAUGAAUGUGAUGUAAGAGGAUAUUUUGUGUGGUCAUUGCUAGACAAUUGGGAAUGGAACUCAGGAUACACAGUCCGGUUUGGGAUCUACUACAUUGACUACAAGAACAAUCUCACAAGGAUCCCUAAAGCCUCUGCUAGAUUGUUUCAAACUCUACUUAGCUCUUCAAGCAAGCUUUUACAGGAGAAGGCAACAGAACAAGAGUUCAAAUUCCAAGAGAAAUGAUAGAGAUCAAAAGACAGAGAUAGAGUAGGAAUUUUCAUAUAUACACGGAUUAUUCAUAUACGGAUCAAAGACGAUUCAAGCCGAAACAGAGCUGAAUCAAAUGUAAUUGAUAAAAAGAAAAA